AUGUAUUUAAGGCACGAUAUGGCAAAUAAAUAUGAUAUGGAAAUGGAAAGGAGAGUGUCUUUAGAUUAUCAGCGUCAGAAUACAUUCGUGAAUGUGCCGGUAUUGGGUCACGUCAUUGGUGAAGCUAAUGAAGUUCAACAGUGGGUUAAAGAAUUCAACGAUAAACAUCGGGAAAGGUAAAUAAAUUAAAUUGUUUACUAGGGACACAAUACUUCGAAUCUUUAUAAUAUACGGAACGAAAUCUGUAGUUUCAACGUCAUACCCAUGUCCUCGAAAUCGCUUCGGUUUGGAUGAUUAAUCGCGAUUUUGCAAAAUAUUAACGAUUAAUCGCGAUUUCGACAAAAAAUCGCCGAUUAAUGGCGAUUAAUUGAUAAUUUUUCCAGAAACCACGAUUUAUCACCAUUAUCAAAAAUAUCGCUAGUUAAUCGCAAUUAAUCGGCGAUUUUGUUAUAUUGACGCUAAAUUACGGCU